GCGUUUUUAGUCGUCAAGUCGUGGUUGCCGAAUGUUUCGAAAACACAGACGAGAUUUGAUAGAAACAUGUCACAAAAAUAGAAGAAGCAAUAAGUAUAAGGAAUAACUUGGUCCCCAUUACCGUACAUUACAUUUAUUCUUGUUUUGAACUUUGAACCUCAACAACGUUUGUAUAUGCAAAUGAGGAUCACUCACACGGGGUCAACAGAGAUUGUGUGUUGGAUAUCUUCCUGUUCAUAGAUUCGCAUCGUGCUAAUAAGGGAACGCUUCUGGUGUUUCAUCGUCUAUCUCCUACAUUUCUUUUUAUGGCUUGGGUUAAUUAAUGAAGAUUUUUCUUCUUCCAGAGGAGUUCAGAUGUAAUUCUGAUUUUACAAGGUGGUAGAAUGUUCUCAUUUAUGCAUUUGAAGCUAGGAAGAUGAGAGGACAUGUCAUGUUUCGACCAAGAAAGAAGUAUAUUUUUUUACUAUUAGUUUUGAUGUUGGUACCUUUGAUUAUACUUACUUAUCUGAGUGUGAUGCAUGAUGAUAAUUUUAAUAGAAAUAGUUUAAUGGGUUUUAAUAAUAGAGAAGCAGCAUUAGCUGAGAGGGUCCGAGAAGUAGAAGAUGAAAACCAGAUGCUAAGAAGACAGUUAAGUUUAUCACAAUAUCAAUUACAGCAGUCUUACCAGAAUAAUAUUCAGGGCAUGGAUCCUCGGAAUGAAGGAACCGACGACAAAGAAGUAGAAAUAGGAAUUAAUAAUGGGACAAUAAUUUGUACAAAUGUUGAAGAGAAUGUGCCAAAAUGUGAGGUUAUACAUGUAGCUAUAGUGUGUGCAGGUUAUAAUGCCAGUCGGGAAGUAAUAACAUUAAUAAAAUCAGUGCUUUUUUACCGAAAAAAUCCCAUCCAUUUACAUUUUUUGGCUGACAAGCCUGGACAGUUAACAUUGUCUACUCUGUUUGAUACAUGGGAUAUUACAGGGGGUAAGAAUGAUGAUGUUUCUUGGAUUCCUAAUAAACAUUACUCUGGUGUAUAUGGACUCAUGAAAUUACUACUUACCAAAGUAUUGCCGAAAGAUAUGGAUAAGGUCAUAGUUUUAGACACAGAUGUUACAUUUGCAACAGAUAUUGCAGAACUAUGGAAAAUUUUUAGAAAAUUAAAAAAUAAAAAGGCCAUUGGUUUGGUUGAAAACCAGAGUGAUUGGUACUUAGGAACAUUAUGGCGGAAACACAAGCCGUGGCCAGCUCUGGGAAGAGGUUUUAACACUGGUGUGAUUUUAUUAGAUGUAAAAAAAUUAAGAAAAAUGAAAUGGAUGCAGAUGUGGAGGUUAACAGCAGAAAGGGAAUUAAUGAGUAUGCUUUCGACCUCACUGGCUGAUCAGGAUAUCUUUAAUGCUGUAAUUAAACAACAUCCUGAUAUCGUGCAUCAGUUACCGUGUGCAUGGAACGUACAACUCAGUGAAAACACAAGAAGUGAGACUUGUUACACUGAAAUAUCAGACAUCAAGGUCAUUCACUGGAAUUCACCGCAGAAGUUACGAGUGAAGAACAAUCACAUAGAAUUCUUCCGCAAUCUUUACUUAACAUUUUUAGAGUAUGAUGGUAAUUUAUUAAAGAGAGAGCUGUUCGGUUGUCAGGCUUAUCAGCACAAGCCCAAAGAAGUUGUCAAAGAGAUUACUGAACUUGAUGAAGAUGAUCAGUGUUAUGAGUUCAGACGAGAAAAAUUGCUGACACAUAGAAUACAUUUAUACUAUUUAGAUUACCAGUAUAUACAGGAUCUUGAUGGCACUGACGUGACAUUAGUGGCACAGUUGUCUAUGGAUCGGUUACAGAUGAUAGAAUCUAUAUGUAACCAUUGGCUAGGUCCUAUUAGUUUUGCUCUUUAUAUGUCUGAUGCCGAAGUGCAACAGUUUCUCAGAUAUGCUCUUAGUUCUGAUAUUCUUAUGAAAAGAAAAAAUGUUGGUUAUCAUAUUGUAUACAAAGAUGGGCAAUUUUAUCCUGUUAAUUUCCUUCGUAAUGUAGCAAUGAAACAAGUGAACACUCCAUAUGUGUAUCUAUCUGACAUUGAUUUUCUACCUAUGUAUGGUCUAUAUGAAUAUCUUAAAAAAGCUAUUGGUAUGAUGGACAUGUCUAAAGCCAAUAAAGCCUUGAUUGUUCCUGCCUUUGAAACCUUGCGAUAUCGCUUGACAUUUCCUAAAUCUAAGGCAGAGCUGCUCACAAUGUUGGAUAUGGGAAGUUUGUACACUUUUAGAUAUCAUGUAUGGCAAAAAGGACAUUCACCAACUAAUUUUGCCAAAUGGAGGACUGCGACCACUCCAUACAAGGUGCAAUGGGAGUCGGAUUUUGAGCCAUAUGUUGUUGUGAAAAAAGACUCUCCUUUGUAUGAUACAAGAUUUGUUGGAUUUGGAUGGAACAAAGUCUCUCAUAUUAUGGAAAUAGAUGCACUAGGAUAUGAAUUCAUCGUUCUUCCAAACGCCUUUAUGAUCCAUAUGCCACAUGCCCCUAGCUUUGAUAUUGCCAAAUGUUUGAAGAUACUUAAAACUGAGUUCCAGAAAGACAUGUCUAAGAGGUAUGGAUUCAAAGCUCUCAAAAUUCCAGAAAGAGCUACUAGCAAAGCUAAGAUAUAUACAUUGGAUGAAGCAAUUGCCCUUGGAAGGAAUUAUAAAGCUUCCAAUGCUCACUUAUCUGCACUAAAGUUCAUGGAACAACCACGCACAUCUAAAACAGUUGAUGUUGUAAAGUCAGCAAAGCGAACACACAAGGAAUGCAGAAAUUGUGGUUUAACCCAUCAGCCGAGAAAGUGUCCAGCUUUUGGCCAAAUAUGCAAGAAAUGUGGAAAGCGAAACCACUGGGCAAGAAGGUGUCAGUCUUCAGCCAAAAGCGGAGAAACAAAUAAGAAAUGCGAAAAGAAAACACAUGAAGUGAGGACAGAUUAUGAGUCUGACAGUGCUGAGAAUUCUGGGUUUGAUGAAUGCACAAGAGGAAUGAAAGACAAAUUCGCAGUGAUCAAGAUUAGCACAACACAGGGACAAAAACUCCUCAAAGCAAAGAUUGACACCGGAGCUCAAGCAAACCUUUUGAAUUAUACAACAUACAGAACACUGUUUGGUCUAGACCAUAAGCCGAACUCCUCAGAAGUACUCUCAGUGGGUAUGGAGAUACACCUUUUAAGAGUUACAAUUCCUGUUGUUGAAACAGGCAAACAGGAAAGAGAUGUAGAAUUCUUCAUAUCAGAGCAUGGAAACAACCUAUUUGGUUUAAGAUUAUGCACAUGCCUAGGACUAGGUCAAAUUCCUUUGGACGCAAAUGCAGAAUACGACGCGGAGGAAACUAUAGCCUACAGCACCAAAGAGCAGUUAGUAAAGGACAAUCCAGAUAUAUUUGAAGGUGUUGGCAAGAUAAACACAGACUACAAAAUUGAGCUGUCUGAUGAUGCAACACCUGUAAUAAAUCCAGCAAGAAGAACACCAGAUGCAUUGAAAGUACCCUUGAAACAUGAACUGGACCGCCUAAUACAGCUUGGAAUCAUCAGGGAAGUGCAAGAACCCAGUGACUGGGUGAACAGCAUUUUGUUGGUCACCAAGCCUAACGGAUCACUACGCAUCUGCUUGGAUCCCCGUGAGCUAAAUAAGUUCAUCAAAAGACGAUAUCUGAUGAUAUCCUGCCAGACCUAA